AUGGCUAGUGAUAGUGGUAGUGGUGCGGAUGGUGAUGACUUAUCGCGGCGAAUCCGCGAAGAGAUACGGGCAUAUACGUCCACGGAGAUAAACCGCCUGAUGCGGGAGGCCUUGCAGCAGCAGCAGCCGGCGGUACCUCGCCCCAUCCAGCAUCGAGCUGUAGUACACCGGGACCACGUUGCUACAAACCAACAGUUGUUUGACGACUAUUUUGCUGAGCAGCCGCGGUUUGGGGACAACUUCAUCCGGUGGCGUUUUAUGAUGCACCGGGAUCUAUUUAUGUGUAUCGUGAAUGCUUUAGAGCGUUGGUACAAGUACUUCCGAUUCAUGGUGGAUGCGAGUGGAUCUAAUGGAUAUGCACUAGUCGGUGCACGGGUUUCUCGGGAUGUUGGGCAGUAUAGAUUGCAUGCAUUGGGAGUGGAGAACUGCCCCACCGCUUGGAAAGGGCACUACACGACCGGCUUUAGAGGCAAGAAUCCCACGAUGGUCCUCGAAGCCGUAGCUGACUACCGACUGUGGAUUUGA